AACAAAAGAUCUGAAAGGCAUAAUGUCAGAAUCUGAGUUUCGAUUUUGAGGAAAUGGAGAGGGUGGAGAAGGACAAAUUGGAUUCAAAGUCCUCCAAACUAGACGAAGGCAUUUUGCUAAGCAGGUGCCAAGCAAAUGAGACGUCUGCAAACGUGAGUGAGAAUGAGAGUGAAGGCAGAGGUAAGGCAUGCAAGGCGUCUAGCAAUGCAGUGCAGAUGGUGCUGAAGGAGAAACUCGGGUCCAUUGAGCAACAAGGAAGUUGUGAUAAUGGCCAAGAAGGUUUUACAAGGACAAUGGUUCAAGCAGCAUCCUUGCUUGUACUACGAUGAUGAGAAGGUGAUGCUACAUUCUUGUGGUAGCCUGAAUGCUAGCUUUUAUCCCAAGUUUAAUUGUUUUCCCUUUGGGAUUCAUUGAUCCAUGGUUCAAUUUGCAAGUUCGUGUGUAGGAAUAAUAAGUGAUUUUUUAA